AACAUCCAGGAAGAUAGUCCCCGAUUGAGACUAGCUUUGAAAAAAGGUGUAUCAGUUUUUCCAAGUCAGUUGCAUCUUUUCAGUAAUCAAAUCAAACAUUCAUAACAGAAAGUUAAUUUAACAUGUGAGCUAUUACGGUAGGAUCUGAAUAAUUUUUAAACGGCUAGGCCAGUGAGUGCAUGAACAUCACAGCCUCGCAAGAACACUUUGCGAACGGGGGGAGGGUAGAUUUUACAAAAUGAGAAAUUCGUUCGAGCGAAACGAAAGUAUUCGGCUCCAAUGACUUACACUGAACAUUUAAUGUCAAAAGAAUACGUGCAUUUUCAUAAUUUGAUUGUUGGUUGUCGUUGAUAGCCUCUCACUGGCUGUAGACUUAACAUUCAUCCGGUGAAGAAGUGUUCCUGUUCGUGUUAUUGUACAGUGGUACUGGCGAACUGUUAUGAUGUGUCAAUAAGUUUAAAGGAGGAGGCAGCCUGGGAUGAGAGGGCCCUGGCAUUUGUGUUGGAUAUCAGAGGUCAUCAUCGCAUGACAAAUCCUGACUGUCAGAUUCAUCUUCAUCUCAGAUACAGCAUUGCCAUUGUCUCUUGUCUUAAGCUCAACCGUGCCAUGAAAGGCGGAGGAAGAGUUAAGGAGCCACCAGUGGAAGGAGAGGUCAGCGGCAAACGCCCCAAGCGCAAGUGUCUACAGUGGCACCCACUACUCUCAAAGAAGGCUCUGGACUUCUCAGAGGAGGAAGAGGAGGAGGACGAAGAGGAACUGGAAAAGGAGACACAACUAUGCAGAGAGACCCGGGGUCCAGAGGUGCAGUGUGGUGGCCCUAUCGAGGGAGCGGAGGGGGAGGAAGACCCAUCGGAACAGCGGGCCCGUCGGCCCAUGAAUGCCUUCCUCCUCUUCUGCAAACGUCACCGCUCUCUGGUGCGACAGAAACAUCCACGUCUUGACAACCGCGGGGCCACCAAAAUUCUGGCUGACUGGUGGGCUGUUCUGGAACCAAACGAAAAGCAGAAAUACACUGACAUGGCCAAAGAGUACAAGGAUGCGUUCAUGAAGGCUAACCCGGGCUACAAAUGGUGCCCCACUACCAACAAGCCAGUGAAGAGCCAAUCCUGCCACCCCGUCAGUAAUGCCCGUAAAAAAGUGUGGACCUUCCCAUCUAACUCCACCAAGGACUGUGCUGCAGCCAAAAAAAUGCCCAAGACUGAGAGCAUACCACAGCUUAAUUUUGCCAUGGCAGAUCCUACGAAGAUGGGGGGCCUAAGCAUGCUACUAUUGGCUGGGGAACAUGCCCUCACUGCCAGAGAGAUUUCCUCUAGCUCCUCACUGUCUGUAGGCACAGACACCGCUAAGCAUCCUGGGAAAUCCUCCUUCUUCCAUCUUGCUGAAAUCUCUUCCAGUACUCCUCAGCCCAUUUUAGCAGACACAGCAGGAGAGGUCAAGCCCAUCUGGGGGGAUAGGGACAAAUUGUCAUCUGGGACCUCUCUGGAGAGUGUGCCUGAUGUAGCAAAAAGCAGGAGCGAGUCCCCUGCUUUCCAACUUGUGGAGGUCUCCUCCGAGUCUUCCCAGUCUGUGGCAGCAGAGGGAAAGCAGUGUGGGCAGUCCGCUCUCUUCCAGCUUGCUGAGAUGUGUUUGGCCUCCGAAGCCGGGAAGAUGGAGGCUGUGGCCUCCCAGCCUCAAGAUGAGACUCCUCCCACCCCACAGUUAAAAACUGAAACAGUGGUUACGGAGAAGGCAGAGAAUACUCUCGAUCUAUCCUCCUCUCUUCCUCCCUUAUCUUCCAUUUCAUCCUCUACUACAAAAUAUUCCAUUCCCCUAUCGUUUAAAAGCCAAACCACAAAUGUCAAAAAGAAGAGGAAGAAGAAAGAGGGCCCUAAAGACGAGCCCAAAACAGCAGACAAAGACAAGAGCCUUGCCCCGCCCAAAAAGAUACUGAAAAAAUGCCAGUCGUCUGAGUCGGCACUGGAUAGCGUGUUCUAUACUAUCGAGGCUGUGGCCAAAGGGGCCUGGAGAGAGACCGAGACGACUUCCAAAAAGAAGGCCUGCACUGCCAACGGUGAACGAGCCAGUCUGGGUGAACCUGGCUCGCCAAAAAAGAAGAUCAAACCCAAAGCCAAGAUUCCUCUCAAACAGAAAGAGGAGGAUGAGAUGGAGGUGGCGGAGCACAAAGGGGAGUGUGGCCACUCAACAUCAGCUGUGGAGAUAAUGAAGGUGGAACCGAAGCCAGUCUCCCCCAAGAGAGAAGAGGAAGAGGAAGCCUGUAUCAGAAGCACAGACAUCCUAGGAGGCACGAUGGAGACUCCCAAUCCUUCAAGCCCCCCACAUGCCAAGCUCAAAGAUGAGGAAAGAGAGAGAGAGAGGGAUGCCGAGGCCAGCGCAGAGGGUUGUGGCUCAAGGAAGUCGGAGCGAAGCUGCAAAGGGGCCCUCUACAAGACACUGGUGUCUGAAGGAAUGCUGACCUCACUGAGGGCCAAUGUAGACCGAGGUAAAAGAGGCUCUUUUCGGGGAGGUGCAUCUGACCAUGAUGGAGGCUGGACUGAUGAGACCUGGGCUUUCUCUCAGACGGGAACUAAUAACCCCAAGAAGCUGAAGAAGUCAAAAUCUAAAGAUGAGCCAGCACCAGGCCUCGGGAAACUUGAGGAAGAGUUUGAGAAGAAAUUCAAUAGCUUGCCGCAAUAUAGCCCUCUGACAUUUGAUAAAAAAAGCACAGGUGUGGCUAAGAAGAAAAAAAUUGACAGUGGCACUGUACCAGAGGAGUCCCAAAAAAACGGGAAGGGUUCAUCUCCAUCUCAGAAAAAGACCUCAUUCCACAAGAUUGUUAGCAAGUACAAGCACAAAAAGGAGAAGCCCAGUACUGUGGACAAAGUGAUGAUUGGGAGUGAAUCCAACGUGUCAGAGCCACUGACCAAGCCCAAGCCUGGUGUCCCUUGUCCAGCCAUGAGCCCGGAAACCCAUAACAGCAGCUCAGAGAUGCUUGUGGGCAGCCAGAAGAGAAAGGCCAGGAAGAGCAAAAUCACCCACCUGGUGCGCACUGCGGACGGCAGGGUGUCCCCGGCUGAGGAGGACAAAGUAAGAGAGCUGAACCAGGAACAGGAUGAUAAGCCAUUACCCCAAGAGACCUUAUGCAAUGAGAGGAGGAGCCAGAGCACCCCAGGACAAGAAAAGACAGACAGGAGCAGCGGGCCUGAAGACCUGCCCACCUUCUUCAGUCUCGCCGCCCUGGCUGAAGUGGCUGCCAUGGAAAACAUUCACAGGGGCCAGCGUAGCGACGGCAAGAAAAAAGACAUAGCCCAAACCCCAGUGCUCAUCUCCUGUGCUGACCAGUGAAGUGGAAUCAGCCCCUUAUUCCAGAGAAAGAGCAACAAAAUGGACGCUUGUGAGUGCGCACUUAACGGUCCUUGAAAUUCUAACCCCUGUCCUGAAGGGUGGUUGGAACGUGGAAUAUCGGACAGGCUCCAACCCUUCCCUUCUAAGAUGAAUUUGCUUGAGCUUUGGUCAGAGUGGGAAAGAGACCCCCUUACUUAUCACCCAGCCCACCGUCUCAGUGUUCCUCCUCCUAACCCCUCCUUAGAUAGGAGAAGGGUGCCUUUUUCCUCUUUUCUCUAUAUGCUAUCUAGACUCUAGAGGAUUUUGUGGAAGAACCGAGCAGUCUCCCAGUGCAUGGCUUUCCUCUCUGUAGAGGUGGUUGUGAGUAAGUUAAAAAGUUUAUCUUUUUUGUCAGAUCAAUUUGCUAGUAAGGUCAAGUUUUCUAAACAAAUUUAGCAUUUUAGAAUACCUUUAGAAACCUAUACACAUUCUUUCUACUCGCAAGAGAACAUAAUUUUCAGUCAGAGACGCGUAGAAAUCCCCAUCACCAAUAAUAGCUCUAAUCUUAGGAUGAAUCUAAUUUUGUGGCUUCCUUGCACUCCUACAUGCUCGAACUGAAACUAACUUAAGUCAGGGUAAAUUAUCCAUUUAGACGGACAGACUUACCCACCACCCAGACACCUUGCUUGUCUUUAAACAUGGUACAUGUGAUUUUGGUUUAGCCUGUUUGAAGAGUUAGAAGAGAUGCAGCUGACCCAUCUUGAACCAUGUAAUCCUGUCAGAAAUUAAUGACUUCAGCAUCUUCAAGUAUUUCAGAUUUCUCCAUAACUGUCAACAUUCCCACAUUAUAGGAACUGUUACAGUAGUUUGCAGAACCCACUUAAUUAAAAAGAUUGUUACACAGUGAGUUAUAUAGCUAUUCACAUCAGUUUGCAGGCUGUACAUUCUUUUUCCCCCCAUUUCUCAGUAGUGUUUUUAAUUGUCUGUCUUAAGUUGUCAGUGAAAGCUGGCGGUUGGGCCACUUAAAUGCGGCUAAGUCUUGCUAGUUUCUGACACCAUUGAUGGUUCUCUAUGCUGUAUAGCCUUAACCUUCCAAACACCACAACCGUUACCAACUGUAUCGCAACCUUCCCUAGACCAACCUCCUCCUGAAAGUCAUCACACAUACCUUUGACACGGUUCCAUCAGUUUGAAUAUACUUGAAUGAUGAAAUGCAUUGUUGUGUCAAUACUUAAGCAGUCUGCGUAGCAUCUGUGAGGCUAAGUCAAAUGUGUGCUAAUAGUUUCCUUGGGUAGGUGAUUUUGAACACACUGCACUAAUUUUUUGCUAAAGUAGAAGAAGCUUUUUCUAAGUAGGAUCAUUAUGUUUCCUUUAGUUUCAUUUCUUGGCGGCCUUUGAGAUUCUUAUGCCAAGUAAAUAGUUCACUCUUAGGCAAUCAGCAUAAAUCAAUGUUUGUGAUUUGAAAUGAUUCGUGAAAUCAGUCCUGGCUUUUAAUGUAUUAACAUUGUUUUUCCUAUUUUUUUCAUUUGCGUGUUCUUCGAACCCAAAAAUGGAACAGGCUUACUUUCAUUCCGUUCUCAGAUGGAUAUAUAUAUAUAUAUAAUAUAAGUACAUUACAGUCAUUCCUUUGUUUACAGUGUGUAAACUGUAGUGAUAGAGGAAAGCGCUAAGCUGUUUAAAGCUUAAAAAUGCAUUUUCUGGUUCUGAUAGAAAGAAGCCUUCUUGGACUAUCAACUCCACAAGGGCAAACUCU